UAUCAAGAUCCCGGAUAAUACCUGUAAGUUUUGUUCCCCGUUUUUCCGUCGUCUGACCGGUGACGCGGGUUUGGUGGUUAGUUGCUGACAAGCAUGGUUACAAUAGACUUCCGGCUCAGGGCCAUGUCGUUCGACAGCGUGCCGUGGGUGGUCACGAUGAAGAAGAACGACCACUACUUCCCGACCAUGGAGCUGAUCAAGGACCCCAAGGAGGAGUGCGGUUGGAGGCGCAUCACCUACGAGGGCGGCAAGGUGAUCCAGGGCGAGGGCCCCGACGGCGUGGUCGGGUCGGCCGGGGAGAACACAGAUAUGGAUGUGGAUGUGGACGCGGACGUGGACGUGUGCGGUUUAGUGUAUUAAUAUUACUACGGCUCUCGGGAGUGUGUCAGCGCUGGCAAGCUGAAUUAACUGACUCGGACGGACGGCUGGGACGACGAGGACGGGUAUUGGCGUCCGAGGACGGUCACAAAAGACCAAAUAAAGAAAUCAAUACCUGGUUGGCUGGUAAUGGCUGGUAAUGGCUGGUAAUAUUACCGUAUUCGUGCGCAAUUUCAUGGCCUCGUCAAUUGAAGCCCCAUCG